GCCAUGGAGCAUGUUUGAAUGGAAGUCGGUCUAAAUCAUGUAGAGAAUGUGUGUCAUCCUGACCAGAGACUUUCAUCCACUGGAUAUAUCUGGAUGAUUAACGCUGUCCUUACGAUCACAGUGGAUGACACCACAACGUGUCUCGUCGCCAGCAAUCGCCAUUACAGAAUGAAUCGUCUUACAUGUACAGAGAGCCGCCAUGCAUAUCCUGAAGCAUAUCCGCUACAGCAGCUGUUUGAUGUUUUGAGUACCUGAAGCAAAGAAUGGGACAGAACGCCUCAAUGGAAGGAAAUCCAUUAAUGAGUGCAAAUACAAGAGACGAACAAGGAACCGUAGAAGCAUUGGGGAGGAGAAUACAAGUGGAAAGAUUGACGACGAAGGACAAGAUUCAUCAACAGACUCUGACAUGAAGAACAAUUCAGUUCGGGCUGCUAUCGACUCUCUGAUAGAGUCAUGCCUUGGAGUCAAAUCAGAUGAGUCUGAGACGGAAGACUCAAAAAAGGAUUCCGAGGAAACCAAGGCGAAAACCAGUCCACCACAGACAGCGGCACGAGACGGGGGAAGCCAGCCUGUUGAUGUUGUGUUCAGUUUCAUGAAGGAUCGUAUUGUCGAUAUGAUCAAGAGUGACACAACUGAAGAGGUGACAAAUCAGAUACCCAGUGUUGACCUGGCUGUCAGUUGCAAACCUGACCCCAAGCCACUGACCAGUGAGAAGAGCCAGACCUCUACUAGACGAGCUUGUAUGAGUCUCUCAAGAGGGAUGACAAUCUUCCUAAAAACACAGUGAGACUGCAGACUUUGAUAGACAAAGUGUUAGAUAAUUCGCUGGGAGAGGACAUGAAUUCUUCUCUCCCAGAUAUAAGCCACAAAAGUCAAGUUUCCAUGAAAUCCCUUGCUCAGAACACUCCUGUUACCGAGGCACCCAUGACAGUGUCAACUCCAUCGUCCACGAACACGUCAGUGGUGUCCACUGUAAGGGAAAAGAAAAGAAGUCCAGAAAUGGAGAACUUGCAAAACAAUAUGGUUUGUCUAAUGGAUCACAUUGAAAGAGUUCUGGAAAAGAGCUUUGUCAACGAGGAUCGGUCCACUACUAGCCCUGAACCAGCUGUAACAAUUAGUGCUCCUAAAGAAACAACAAGCACAAGUAGUGGGUCAAUAACUCAAGGCAAACCUGUCACUAGUGUAUCUGGUAAUGCUGGCUUAGAUGGCACUAUCAGUGUGCAGGACAUUGUUGACCGAGUCAUUAGUCAAACUGAAGUGAUAAGUAAACUAUUGUCCCCCAGCAGUUCAGAUGAGGCCCUAGCAGAGAAUCAUGGUACUGCUACGGACAAUAAGAAAGGCUAUCCCCAUGAACAUCCUCGGGAUAAUGAACGUCCACAUCAUCGGUCACCUGUGCCUGGUGCUAGCAAAUCCCCUUCCAGGUAUUCUGAUGCAGGAUCCAGCUCUCACUCUGAUGGACAUUCUGAAGCACAUAGAAACUGGUCCCAGAAGCAUCAACAAGACAGUCACCAUGGGCUACACCCAAAACAUAUGCCCGUGGAUAAGGUUAAGGACCCAAAGCAGUACGAACCUGCUGGAUACUCUGUUAGUAAGUAUGCGACAAUGGCAAAGCAAAAUGAAGCAAUGAUGGCUCGUUUCAGCCCAAGAGCUUUAGCUCCAUACCUGAAUGGUGCAAUCCCUCGUCAGGGGAUGCUACCAAAGGCUCAGAUGUACAUGUUGCGUGGCCACCAAAUGUACAUGCCGCCAAGGGCUUUUCCUCCUCCUCUGAUGAGGGCUGAUGGUGUGUUAGCUUCAGAGAAUGAUCCUUCCUCUUUUCCUCAUAUGCCCAGUAAAAACUGUCGAUGUAUAAGUUGCCGAACAUUCUUCCAAUACGAAGACAAAUCUGCAAAACAAAGCAAGCCGUCAGCCAGCAGUGCAUCCCCGAUGAUGAAUAUGCCAAUGUCACAGGCUGAAUCGUCUUUCUACCAGAAUCACCUCCAAGUGCCAGUUCAACCUCCCCACAGUCAAGGUAUGAUGGUAAAGCAAGAUAUGGCAAGGAUGCAAGCGACAUCCCCCAGCAAAUUUCCCAACACAAGUGCAGUUCACAUGGCAAAUAUGAUUCAGUAUCCAGUUCAGCCAAUUAAACCCUUGCCAUACGCUGCUACUCUAAGUCAUGGAGUACAGAUGGUUGGUGAUGGGUAUAAUCCAGAAAUGGCAAAGUCUGAUAGAAGACAAGACAGAGGCAACUCUCAUGCAAGGCAAGACGUUUAUCAUCACAACGAAGGAGGCCCAUACCCUUGCAAAGAUUUCCCAAGAAGCACUGAAAACGUUCAGCAGCCAGGUAGACAUGGCCAGCCCUCUGUUGCCAGUAUUGGAAGUCGGCAGGAUGUUGUGCAUCCCCACAAACCGAACGUCUCCCUUCCACAUCCAGGAAGAGGGGACAGGUAUGCCUCGCCCCAGGCACCAGUUCUUGAUCUCACAGUUAAAAUACCAGAGAGUGUUCCUAUUGCUCAACCGGGACCAGAUAUAGCGGAUAAUGAUCAGCCCCUUGAUUUAUCCCAAAAGCCUUCCAAUCCUGUUAGUGUGCCUAGAGAUGUUGUACAUAGAGAAGGUGGUGCAACUGUCCAUGGUCAAGGAGACUACAGUGGUCGUGGUAACCACCACCUGCAGCAUCUGGAGAGCAGUGUAGACAAGCUCUUCCAGCAGACCCAUUGUGGCUACCCACGGAAAGACAUGAUGCCAAUGGACAGAGGAGGUGGUGAUACUCCUGGCAAUGCUAUAAUGGCACCAACAGUUGUGUCAGGUAUGAUGAUGUCACCCGGUGGGCACAGACCUCAGCUUCAUCCUAUUCCAGCACCAACAUUCUCAACAGCUCCUUCUACAAUGUCAGCCCUUUCACCAGUCAGACCAGCAAAUCAGGUUUCCAUUUCACAUGCUCAAGGUCCAGCUCCAUACCCUUCAAUGACUCAGGAAAAGUUAUCACCUAAAACCUCAACAUCAGUUACGUAUCUGUCUCAGACUCCUACUCAUCAGUUCAGGGAAUCGCCCCAACCUCUAGCAUCUCCACAAGGAUCAGAAAAAGGGGACCUAUCUCAGAGGAAAGGCAGCGUGUCCAGGCAUGAGCCCAUCCAAAGUAUCAUUGGAAACCAUCCUCCAAAUGAUAUCCUGUAUCUCAUUUGUCGGCUUUGUAGACAAACCUAUGGCAGUCCUUAUGGGUUUCGGAAACACUUCAGAAAUCAACAUGGGUUUGAGCCAAGAGCUGAGCAUACGAUUGUCCAAACAAUCUCAGCAACUAAAUCAGCACUGCAGAGUCCUUAUGUGUUAACCCCACAAGAUCAUCAAGGAGAGCCAUUGAUCCCGACGGGACGAAGUUCAGCACCACCUGAAAGGGAGGUUGUUUCUACGCCAGGUUCUGACUUCUACAGGGGCAAGAAGGAAAGCUUGUCUCCACUGGACCCAAGGGGUGUCUCCCCAAGUCAGCAGACCCAGCAGGACUGGAACAAUAGCAAAGCCAGGGCAUACAGACGUGCCAGUGAUGGUCGUCCAAAAAGUUCCCUUCGGGAAGACUGUGAAGAUACAAAGUAUCUUCAGUGUCAACAGUGUAAUCAAACAUUUCAGCUCAAUGAUUUUGGGUCAUACAAGCGUCAUUGUCGUCAGCACAACCAGGCAAGGCCGCCAGGACCAUUUAUUGGUACUGAAAGUCAAAUGAGUGACUCUUCCGCUGGACUGGAACAGAAUGAUAAGCACCUUGGAAGAGUGGGAUUGUGCAGGUUUUGUGGUUGCCAGUUCUCAGCGUUAGCCCUUGAAGAACAUGUACAGUCAGUUCAUUAUAAAGAAAUGUGUUCAGAUGGACAGCCUUCUGAAGCCAAGAACCCUCACUCAAGCAGUAUUUCAAAUCCUACCUCUCCAGAAGGUCACACUCAAAGAUCAAGGAUAGAUUCUGGUGUUGGUAAAUCUAUCCCUGAGUUUCACAAAUUCCUCUCGGAACCUGUUCCCAACCCAAAUCUGGAGGUUCAACGCUUACCAGCAGAUCAAAUAACUGUUAGUGCUAGUCCUGAUAGCAGUAGUGACAAGCCGUCUCAAUCUGACUACACUCAUCCAACAUCUACCACUUCUCAGACCACCUGUCCUCAUGACUCUAACACUAGUGUAGAUUCUAGGCCCAAGCAGGACCAGGCUAGCAAUGAAAAAAACAACGAUUCAAACUGUGUUGAUUCCAAAGCUAAGGAGUUCAUGUAUCUCCAUGUGGAAGACGAUAAAGAUUCUGGCUUUUCAGGAGAAAGGUGUUCAUCAUCCGAGUCAAGGUCGCUUUCAAUAGAAAGCACCCAAGAUGGAGGACCUUUGGCAUCACCUGCAGAAGGUGAGGACAUGCAGGCCAAUUUUUACAGACAUAAAAAAUUUGGAAGUCAUCGCAAGAGAAAAGAAUCUUGUGAAAACCCAGAGUCAGAGUCCAAAGUUCCAAAGUUGGACCAAUCUUCUGGUGCUAAUUCAAAAGUAAAAGAUCCUUGUGCUCAAUCCAGUGGUAAGGAGGAGAAGCGAGAUACUCCCGUGUCAGCAAACAAUAGUGGCAAAAGAGCAGACAAGGAGGUUGUGUCAGAAACUCCCAAGAAGACUGGAGCUAAGCAGGAGGCUCGUCACCAGUUGCCUUUCGUCUGGGAUAGGGUGACUCGAAUCCAGGCAGGGAAGAACAUAAAACCACCGGAUUAUAUGACAUAGGGUUCCUUGUGGAACUAGAUUUUUCUGUAAUGUGCAAUUUGCAUGUGUGAGUGAUGGGAGAAAGACUAGAAUGGUAUUAGGAAGUGAUCAACUCAUUCAGUGAUAUAUUUAGCACAGGAAGUGACAUCAGGUCUGGACGUGUCAAAGUGUGAGUUCUCAGGUCAUAUCUAGUAUCUGAUGCACAUUGCAUCAUAUAUCAAAUCAGGUCAUUAUGUGAUGAGUUGAAUACGGCAAAAAAUCACAUAAUGCUGACAACUGUAGUAUUUGAAAAAGGCACAUUCAUGGAAUUUAUCAUAUUUUGCUUUAGAUUCUGCAAAUCAUUCAGUAACCAUGGUAACAAUUUCAUGGCUGGUGAUUAAGUCCAUAAUUCAUCGCUCAUGUUUAAGUUACAAUGGCACCCUGAUAAUCUGGACACAGCCCAAUUCUUGUGAAUCUUGUGCAAGUCAGCAAGGGACAGUGUGGUAGCCAAGUGGAUAAAGCAUUUGCUUGUCACGCAAAGACCUGGGUUUGAUUCCCCACGUGGGUACAAUGUGUGAAUUCCAUUUAUGGUGUCCCCAACCGUGAUACUGCUGGAAUAUUGCUAAAAGCAGCAGAAAAUUAAACUCACUCACUCUACAAAUCACUGGUGAAGAAUAAUGGUGUAUUGUAUAUUUUACUAAUACAUACAUUUUCCCAACUGGAUGGUCAGAAUGCCAGGUUUCCAGACUAACAGGGUUUCAUUGUGUCCAUCUUCCAAUGAAGUUUAAGAAGUUCAUUAUUAUGACAAUGAGAUUAUGAUAUUGCAUAAUUAGUCACUGUAUUACAUAUCUCUCCACCAGAGUACGGAGUUAAACCUAACUCACUCACUCUAUCAAUAGACUGACUGACUGAAUUUUUUUACGCCGCUUUUAGCAAUAUUCCAGCAACAUCACGGCAGGUCUAUCAAUAGAAGAGGAACACGAUGUUUGUUUUAACAUAGGGAAGAAGUCCAUUUUUCUGUGACAAAUAGCUUACCUGUGAAGCUAGGUUGUAUUAAGUGUCUUGCUUCAAGAAAUAUUGACUGGAAUACUGAGUACCAAAUACCUUCAAGCACACCUAAGGAAUGAGCAGGAGACCCUUCCUUAGUACCUAUUUCAGAGAUUUUUAGUCAGGUCACUAAAUCAUAACAAUAAUAAUAAUAAUAAUGGUCUAUUUAUCAUGCGCAUUGCUCCAUGCACAAUGCAUAGUCGAAUUGCCCAAACAAUCUGAUUAUUAUUACCCCAUAUAAACCAAGCUGCUUGUUAGGCGCUAGAGGGUUAUAGUCACAUAACUUUAUCCCACUGGGUACCCAUUUUCUGCUGGAUGAACAAAUGUGAUCGCAAUUUAAUGUCGCCAACCUAUUUUAAAAUACUGUCACAUGCUGCUGUAUGCUGCCAUUUUAACAGCAUCCAGUGAACAGAUAGAUAAUCUGUAUUCUAUAGGUAUUCCAGAAUGUUAUGAAUAAAUAACAAUUAAAAUGUUCUCAUAAAUCUGGAAUAUAAAUCCUGCUAUUCAUGUAACCCUGAUACUGUGAAAUCAAUAAGACAACCUUUUGUUGCAUGGCUUGUUGCAUGUACAAAGAUUCUAUAUGGAAAUGUGACCGCCUCCGUGGUGUA